GUUCGGGACUCAUGGUGUCGGAGCUCUUUCUUUGACUGCGCAAAGUGGUUGCAGCUGUUCAUACUUUAAAUGCAGACUGCAUUCGCGAAAUUGGAUACGUUUACAUUUGAGUAGAUGUGCUGAGUUUGUACCUCUUAGACAAGAGGUUUAAAACAAAUGUAUCAGUUAUCCAUCCAUUAUAUGGUGUCGUAAUUUUUAUUCGACGGGGAAGGGUUGUAAUGGGCACUAACUUGCGGCAGGAAGAACACGACUGGCUUUACGGCUUUAGGUGAAAGUCUGCUUGGUGUUUAAACAUGAAGAGAAAGAAGGCAAUGCUAACGAAAAGAAGAAAGAAAGUGAGGACUGCCGAUUCUGAAAGUACAGGGUCUCUGAGCUUUAACUCCCCUAAGAUGGAUAUUCCAGUGGUUAAUUUUAAUGCCUACAAAUUGGGUGCAGAUCAGAUUCCGGAUGAAAGACUGAGUGUUAUGACUGAAGAGAUAAAACAAGCAUUUAGUGGCACUGGAUUUGUCUACCUGGAAAAUACUGGCAUUGAACAACAGGAGGUUAACAGAGUCAUGGAUGUCUCCAAAAAAUUCUUCCUUUUACCAGAAGACACAAAGAAGCUGUGCGCUAGGAACAGUGAUCAUGAGAAUUUUAAUGAUGGUUGGGUGUCAUCAGAGAUUGAAAGAUUAAAUCCUUUACGUCCAGGAGAUCUGAAAGAGGCCUUUAAUAUUUCACACCUGGACAGUGUUCUAAAGUGGCCCUCUGAUGCUUCCAUUCCUGAGUUUCAGGAGGUCCUGGACUCGUUCUUCAGAAGAUGUAAAGCGCUCGCGCUGAGGGUUCUAGAAGUGACUGCUUUGAGUCUGGGUCUGCAGAGAGACUUCUUUGUUAAAAAACACAAACUGAUUGGCACUAAUAAAAAUUGCACCACCCUCAGAACUCUGUAUUACCCACCGUUGCAUAACGUGACCGUGAAGCCGAAUCAGGUUCGAUGUGGAGAGCAUAGUGAUUAUGGGAGCGUGACCUUGCUGUUUCAAGAUGAGUCUGGAGGUUUAGAGGUAAUGCACAGAUCAGGGCAGUACAUUUCUGCCCCUUGCAUUCCUGGCACUGUGCUUGUAAACAUAGCGGACUUGAUGCAGAGGUGGACCUCUGAUGUGCUGGUGUCAACGUCACACAGAGUUUUACUGCCCCCUGAUGACAAGAUGAACACCUCAAGACAGUCUGUGGCUUUCUUUGUUCAUCCUGAUAAUGAUGAAAUCAUUUCUUGCUGUGAUGGAUCAAACAAAUACCCUCCUGUCAGUGCACUUCAGUAUACCAAGGACCGUGCAUACAUCUCUUACAAAGAAGUAAACGACAGUAAUCUGGCAGUCUAAACCUAGUGAUAUAAACAUAUCAAUAUGCUAAUUUUUAAAAACAUGGUUUUUGCUUCUUACUUUUAAAUGUUUAAUAAAUGGAUUAUUGUUGA